UUCAGUUUUUUGUUGUUGUCAAUAAUUCGACACCGCCUCUCAAACCUUGAGAGGCGGUGUCGAAUCGAUACAUUUACCUGCCCAUGUCUACUCACAACUACUUGGAGCACCGCGUCACCUCAUGGCCCCGGCGGACGUGUACGUACUAGUAUUUUUUCCUACAGACUACAAUGCGUUUGGAAAGCGGGAGCGGCGCGCGGUGUUGGCGGCACGAGGGAACACUCGCCGUCGCGGUGGUGGUUGUAACAGUCGUUACGCUUCUGCCGCUGCCGGUUGAACUCCUUCCCCAACGAAAUGCGAGCUUCUCGUGUCAGAGGUCCCAGACAAAGGUUCCCAUGACAGAUGGCUGUCCAGUGAAGAUGAGUCCUCAUCAAUGGAACAGCAACUGCAUCACGGUCCGUGUGUGGAUCAAAGAUGAAGACUUGAAUCAAGCUCCGACUAUUGGUAUCGAGUCAGCAAGAAGAGAAAUUGUCCAGCCCGUAAUAAAACACAAGAAGACAAAGAAAAAAUGGCAUGUGAAGAAGAACACUAAUGAAAUCCGAGUGUGGUGUCAUGACAGCUCUGAACAGCAUCGGCCACGUGUCAACAACACAGAAACUUUGUGGGAGCUGGUUUUCGACUGCGUGGACGCCGAGCUGUGGCGUCCCGUCACUGUGGACUACAACGCCAGGUCGCAACGCUGUAGCGUCACUUCCAUCCAUCCGGAUGCUGUGCCCAGCUUCUCUUUGUCUGUGGAUCAGGCAUCCAAAUCUAUCAAUGUCACCGUCGAGUCUGACAAAAAAGUGCAUGCCAGGUGGUGCUACAAGCGGACUGCACACCACUGUGUACAAGGCUCGCAUUCCAACCUCACCACAAUUGAUCCAGCUCAAUCACGCUCUGCUCUCCUCAACAUCCCAUACGUGCUUCCUUGUGUCUGUGUUCAAGUCUACUACAACUAUGAAGACCCCCCACGAAAAACGGUGUGCCCUUUACAAGCACACCCCCUGCCAAAAGUGGAAGACGUGUGGCUUUCCUCCGAGUUGACCCUGUAUGAGUCCAGUCUGACGUUGAGCGCCGAGUGUCCCGCCCGAAACUUUCCAAUCUUUACCUCCCUCUGUUGGAGGAUUCAGCAGGACUUCUGCACCCCCAUCGCAAACUCCACGCUGCAGGCGCGGCAACAAGGCCCAAACCUGGUCUACAAUACGUCUUUGGUGGACAAACACCCUCGCAUGUGCGUCAAGUUUUCCCUGCAAGGCAGCCACAAUAUCUCUUGCCCCUUCCUGCCUGACAUGUCAUUGUGGCAUGUUUACCUGGAGGCCCACCCACGCGCCCUGCUUGUGUACAUUAACUCUUCAGUCCCAGCCGUGUUCUCGGCUCAGCUCUGCGUACAGACCGAGAGGGGAUGUGAGUCCAGAGGGCCUGUCUGCUCCAUCCAAGCGAAAGCGGCAACAGUGAGCCAAAUAAGCGUUCCUCUUGACUCCGUGGCGAUGCAAGCAUGUGUUCAGGUGUGGCGGACUUCUCCUGCCCUUCUUGGACAAAGGAUUCUGUGUCCCCACUACCAUCGUGAGCGAUGGGGUCUACAAAUGCUGGCAGCUUUGAUUCUUCUUAUUCUUCUGGUGUAUUUAGUUGUUUUUAUGCACUCUCUCAUCAAAAAAGGAGCAACAGAUUGGUUGUACAUCCAGAAGCCGGUGUUGCUGGUGUGUUCGUCAGAGCGUUCGUCUCACAUUUCAGCUACUUGCGCCCUGGCUUCUCUGCUUCGGGGGGAUCUGGGCGCCACGGUCCACGUGGCCCUGUGCGCCCCCAGCUCCCAAAGGCAGAUGGGCGCUGGGACCGGUGUGGCAGAUCUGGGGCCGCUUCCCUGGCUGUAUGGCCAGUGGGAGGCCGUACAGGAGGCGCGCGGAAAAGUCGUGAUUGUGUGGAGUCCCGAGGCCAACAGGACGUAUGGCGAGUGGAGGCGGUGUACGCGUGGUAGCGAAGAUGAGACACGUGAGCGUUUCAAAUGUGAUGUUGGGCGACGAGAAAAGCUUCUGAAAAAUGAUGAAGAAGAGUGGACAUCGCAGAACCUGCCUUCUGGUGUCAUUGAACCAGUGUUGGAGGCUGCUCUGGCCCGUCUGGAAGCAGCACUGCAACAGCGUAAAGGCGUGGAUGCGGCGUUCGUCUACUUCCGAGCCCUCGGAAGCAGAGAUGACAUCCCUAAAGUCUUCCGUGAUGUCCCCCGCUAUUGCUUACCUCGGGAUUUAGGUGGCCUCAUCCGGGAGCUUGGAGGACCGACGAGAACAAAUGGGACGUCUUGGUGGCGCUGCUGGCCCAGGCUGGUUGACAAAUGGGUGUCCACUUGGCUGGCUCGGCAGUUGGCCCACAGACUGCGGACACAGCUGCCUCCUGUGCAAAGGCCAAAAGGCCAAAGGUGAUGGCUCGAAUCUCAAAAAUCCUGUCAGGUUAGAUUCGGAGAAAGCGGUAGGUUUUGCAAGCAGCCAAUGAGGAUUCAAAGCGAGAGCUUUAGCAGUUAUGGUUGGACUGUUUGUGUUGUGGUCAGAACACCUUGCACACAAAGAUUCUGGUUUGCAUCAUCAGUCUCCAAACAAGACUUUCAAGUCAGAGAUCUCAAGCGAUCAGACGUGUGCUCACAAAAACCAAGCACUAGCACUUCCGUGUACGUUUAUCAUAUGUUACACAAGGGUUUUCGAAGGGACCAGCGGUAGGAAUGUUGUUGAAAUGGCGAUGUCAUGAAAACUGAUUUGCUUUGGAAAAUACUGUCUAACUUGGACACGAUGUCACAAAACUCUUAACAAACCUCAGAUCAAAAGAUAGCCUAAUAGGAUCAUUUUCUAAGACUCAAGAUCGUCUAGCGUUUGUUGACCUGGAUCGAAAAAGUGCUAUAUGGUAUUGGGACAUAAACAGCUAGAUUGUCUUACAUGUAGCAGCCCCCAAAUAGCGCUAGCUUGUCUACGUGCAUGAAGUGAUGAACCCUGCUCGCAUGUAGGGUUGCCACCUUUCAGAAAUAAGAAAAACAGGACGCCCCCCUGGCGCCCUAAACUGUACAGGCAGAGAAAAAAGGGACACCUCCAAAACUCCUAAAAUGCAUAGAGAUGUAUCUAUUCAUUUUAGGGCUGUCAAAAUUAUCGCGUUAACGGGCGUUAAUUAAUUUUUUAAAUUAAUUCCGUUAAAAUAUUUGACGCAAUUAAUGCAUGCACUGAAUGAGCCGCUCUCGCAUUGCCUCAAACAGAUUUCAGUGACGCCGUUAAUGGACAUUAAGAGUGAAGAGAAUGCCACCGGCCGCUUGGGGGCAGCGCAGCGCCGUUCCAUACUAAUGUUAUUCCUUCUAAUAGUGGGAGAAUUAGUAGUUGUGAGACGUUUAUGCUGUUGCUUUGUGCUCCACACAUAUUUCGGUAAGUUUGCUUUCUUUUAGUGGCAAUUAUGUGUCUCUUGUUGUAUUUUGGGUAAGAUAUGCUCAGAGAUAUAUCUGUUUUAAAGGCGAGUGGACACAGGUGUUCUUUGGGCUGCACCGUUGUUGUACCGAAAUCUGCGAUCCGUCAGAAUCUGUGACGAAGGAGGGCGAUGUUGCCAAAAGCAAGGCCGACAGCAACGACGAAGAGGAAACGAAGAAGAACACUUACGCUAACGGCGUGAACUGCUACGUAAACGAGGCUCGCUACAAGUUGCGAGGCUUAUUUUCCCUUUCACGGUAUUAACGUCGUGACAUUCGAUCAUGACAUCGUUACUAAGAAAAUGCUUUAAAAGUUUUGGAUAUUUCAUGUGAAUUUUUGACAUUGUGAAAUAGUCCGCUGUAAUAAAU